AUGAAAGAAGAACAGAAGAAAAACACAACUUUUCUGAAACUAGCAAAACCCUUAGCCUAUGUCAUCCUCCUCCUCUUCACCUACACCUUAGGCUACCUCUCUUCUCCUCCAACCCUCUCCUCGACGUCACCCUCACCACCCUCUUCUUCAUCCCCCUCGCUUCCUCAACUCGCCAACCUCCCAACCCAACUCGACCACUUCCGACUCACAACUCACUGCGCCAACCCGGUCCCUCCCCAACUCGUCCGCCAGACCCUUCUCGACCUGGUUUUCAACUCCACCUCGCCUUUCGUAAACUUCCCUCCUCCUCACGUCAAAAGCCUCCUACGUGCCAAGCGUGUCAAAGGAUUGGGUUUAAACGGCGCCGUUUUUGAGCACCUAAUCGAAGAGGUCAAGCCCCGGACCAUCAUCGAAGUGGGUACGUUUCUUGGAGCAUCCGCUAUCCAUAUGGUCGACUUGACCCGCAAGCUAGGGCUCCAAACCCAAAUCCUAUGUGUCGACGACUUUCGUGCCUGGCCGGGGUUUCGAGACCGGUUCAAGGACAUAAAAAUGAUAAACGGCGACGUUUUGUUGAUGUACCAAUUCAUGCAAAAUAUCGUAUCCGCAAAUGCCACAGAGUCGGUUUUACCAAUACCGUUUUCGACCGGCUCAGUACUUGACAAGCUUUGCGAGUGGGGUAUUUUUGGUGAUUUGAUAGAAGUGGAUGCGGGUUAUGAUUUUAACUCGGCUUGGUCGGAUAUCAACCGGGCUUACCGGAUUCUAAAACCCGGCGGGGUGCUUUUCGGGCAUGAUUAUUUUACCGCGGAAGAUGACAGAGGUGUAAGAAGGGCAGUAGCUUUGUUUGCUAGGGUUUAUGGGCUCAAGAUUAAACUUCAGAGGCAGCAUUGGGUCAUUCACUCGAGUUGA